AAAAGCGUCACUAUCUUAGGCCCGCUGUAGUGGUCAAAAUUAUUAAUUGAUGUCAUUGAUUAUAAAGAUGUCACGAAAACAUGGAAACUAAAUUUUACAAAAUCCCAAAUUAUUCCAUUAUAUACCUACAGCAUAUAAUGGAAUAAUCCAUAUAUCCAUAAAUACCCCUUUCAUAAUACAGCAGCAAAACUCGACUCCACCAUGUCACAUUUUGCACAGAGAUGUCUCCGCGCGCUCAAUCUAAGCGCUAUCAAAAACGUGAAAACCGUCAGACAAGUACACCGCCGCGCAGUCAGCCAAGCAAGACUAGUCAGCCCCCAAGCAACCAUCAGCGAGCAGCCACCAUCGCGAGACUUCUGGUUGCUGCUGACCGCGGUAUUUGCUGCUUCACUGGAUGAAGAGGAUGAAACCCCGCCAUCGUUUGCGACCACUUUGCAGUCAGUAAACGUGCGACCCAUUCAGAAAGUGUCAGAAUUAGAAGCGUUGCUAGACGACGCCGGCGACAAGUUGGUGGUCAUCUUCUGCAUGGUCCGCUGGUGUCCGUUCUGCAGGAGGAUUGCUCCUGUAGUUGAGGAAAUUGCUGCUAAGGGAACGCAGAACAUAGUCAUGCUCAAGCUCGAUAUGGAUGACCAAGAAGCGGAAUCAACGAAAAUCAUGGCUCGCUACAACGCCUACCACGUGCAACAGAACCGCUACGCCGUCGGUCUGCCGACCUUCGUGUUAAUCAGAGACGGGGAAAAGUUGGAGCACUUCAGCAGCGCCGAUGAAGGGAGACUGAGAGGCGCCCUCAGGAAAUAUACUGCAUAAUGAAGCAAUCUCAUACGUACCUGGGAUAACUCGGGGCAUCAAUACGAAAGUGAUGUAGCAAAAUAUUUUAUUGACAAAAAAAUAUAUCGAUGUUACUGUCAACAUCUAAAUGUUAUUCGACAUAAAUAAAUAUUGCUUAUUUUCUCCUCACUUUAAAAAAAAAUAUACGUGUAUUUAUAAUAUGUUUAUUUUAAAAUAGUUUUCAUAAUAAACAAUAAUUUUUUUUUCCAUAUUCGUCGGUAUGAAUGAUUGCCGUCUAUAUGAAAAUAUCCACUUUAAACUGCUAUAAUAAUCGAACCUUUUUAUAGUAGGUACCUAAUCGAGAAUGUUCAAUGAGCACAUGUAUUAAUUUAAUUAUAUCGACAUCUUUUUUUAUCAAAUCCCAACUUGCCCCGAGUUAUCCCAAGUAUGCUCAUAGAUAAAC